GGGGCAUGGCGACUACAAUCUUCCCCGUUUCCUGCACAGUUUCUCCAACCAAAGGUGGGGCAACCCACGAAACAUAACCACAAACAUCGUGACCUGUUCAACGUUAUUCAAAGGAGCAGACCUCGGAAGAAACGCAGGAUCGUACUCUUUGUACUGUAUGCAUGAGAUCUCUUCAAGGCAGGGCAUACCUAACAAGCACAACUUAACAAACAUACGUUCUCAUGAAGGACCCCGCUGCCAUAGACACCAAAGACGCAUCUAAAGAACAGACAGAUAACACGGAGCUGAUCCAUCCAUCACGAUGAUAACGGAUAUCUUGAUCCCUUCGCAGAAUGGAGGAUUCCUCCUUGGAGCCCUUGCCAUUUUCCUGUCCAGUCUCUCAUACCUCGUCCUCAGCAAAUCCUCCCACCUCUCGCGCAAAGCAAACCGCGCGAAAGCCAUGAAAGAUACAUUCAUAUCGAUAUCUCAACAAUCAAAAGAGAUUCCCAACACAGAGGCCACGGUAUUAUCUCCUUCCGACUUCCAACUUCCCAGAAAUUACAGAAAAUACCACUAACACCAAACCAGAAUCAUGCUCCAAACACAAUGAAAAUAACCCAAGUACACCAAGCCCCUAGAAUGAAUAUCAACCACCAAAACUAACAAAUUCCAGCUAUAUAUCCACCCCAUAAAGUCCCUCCGUUCCCUCCCCGUCUCCUCCGCACUCCUAACCCCCACCGGCUUUGCGCACGACAGGACCUUCAUGCUACUCCACAAACAACCCAGCGGAGAAUUAAAGAACAUGCACAUCGCCAACUACCCAUCCAUGUCACUCUUCCAUCCCAGUCUCUCACCAGAAGCCACAAAACUAGUGAUCGAGCACCGAAAACCCGGCUCGUUAACCCCCUCGGGGCCAAAUCUGGAGUUAGAUUUAGAACCCUCGUGUUCAGAGCUGGAGGAAGUGAAGGUGGAUAUGCAUUCCAGUCCCACGACGGGGUACAAGAUGGGCCGCGAAGCGAACGACUGGUUCUCCGCACGCUUUGGAUUCCCCGUCAUCCUCACGUACUGGGGCGGGAAUCCACGGGCGGUGCUAGGGAGCCUACCCGGUCGUCCCUCAAACGAGGGAUCCAAACCGCCAUCCGUCCUCUCAAAACUACUUUCCCACAUCCCCAUCCUCGAGGACUAUCUAAAAAGAGACACCAAUGAAAAAAUAGCCUUCAACGACUGCUUCCCCUACCUAGUAAUAUCCCUCCCCUCCUUCAACAACGUCUCCUCCCGUCUCCCCUCAGGCGCCUCAAUGGACAUCACCAAAUUCCGCUCCAACAUCGUCGUCUCCACCUCGCUACCAGCCUGGGACGAGGACCUCUGGGGGUCCAUCCAAUUCCCCUCUUGCGGGACGGAGAUCAUCCUCACGAGCAAUUGUGGACGCUGCAAGAGUCUGAAUGUGGAUUACCGCACCGGAGAACAUGGGAAGACGGAUGAUGUCAAGGUGUAUCAUCGCUUGCAGAAGGAUCGGAGGGUGGAUCAGGGGGUCAAGUAUUCGCCGGUUUUUGGCCGGUAUGGGUUCUUGGGGAAGGGGGGUGAGGGGGUGGUUUUGAGGGUGGGGGAUGAGGUGAGGGUUGGGGAGAGGUUGGAGAGGACUACGAGGUUUUGUAAGCGAAGUUUUUUAUUACGCCGUUCUUUGUUCCCUGGGAAUUUCCGAGAGAUACUAGCUGACUUGAACUAUAGACUGGCCAGGUAUAACGAAUUGAGAAUCACACAUCCAUGAUGGUACCAGGAGGUGAUUCCAUAACUGCCCAAAGGUAGAAAACCUCUACUCAUCAACUCUAACUGUUGACCAAGACCGAGAAUGGGAUUUCAAUCAUCCCAAAGUUCUCGAAUAACCACAAGGAUUGGAUGCUUCCUAUUUUAGAAGUGCUAAGACAAACAAGAGAAUCAAAAUAUCUUCGAGAUAACGGCCAUGAAUCCCUACAAUUUCUUUUAUAGGGUCGCCCUUGCAUUUCUCGUCUUUACGAUGGAUCCAAAAUAGGUAUCUGGUAGAUUAGAUUCUUUUGUGAUAGAAAAAGCCAGCAAGCCAACCUCUAUUGCUUCCAAAGAGC